AGACAAAGAGCGCGAACCCCCCACCGUCAGAGACGACCUCCCCUGAACUUUUUCAACGCCUCCGAUCUCAUUCCCGAACCCCAUAAAUACCCGAGAACCUCCAUCAAUUCUUUGUUGCCAUUGAAUUUGAAAUCCUUAUAAAGUCCACCCAAAAAGCUUACACGCAUAACAUCAUAUUCUUCACUUCCUCAUUUGAUAUAACUCAGUUGGCCAUGGAAGGGUCUUCUUCAAGAGGGAAUCAGAACAAUGAGAACAGCAAAGAGACGGGGAAGAAGAGGGCAUUGCAGUCACGAUGCGAUCCACCCCAGUACCGAGGGAUCCGGCGGAGGCCUUGGGGCAAGUUCGCGGCUGAGAUCCGGGACCCCUCGAGGAAUGGUGCCCGCCUCUGGCUGGGGACCUUUGAGACGGUGGAGGAGGCCGCCCGUGCCUAUGACCGGGCUGCCUACGCCUUCCGGGGCCAUUUGGCCAUCCUCAACUUCCCCAACGAGCAACAAUACUAUGCUCAGAAUGAUCACAAUGUCUCCGGCCACCCCAGUUCUUUCUCCACACCCCAAUCACUGUCGUCUUGGUCGUUCUCUUCGGCAGGUUCAUCGUCAUCUGCUGUGUCAGCACCCGCUGAGCCGUCCGGAGAUGUGAUCGAGCUCGAGUAUCUGGACGAUAAGCUGUUGGAGGAACUACUGAAGUCACACAGCGACAUAAACCCGGGUCGGUGAGUGCAUAUUUAAGCGGUAGUUUUCAUACAGACAAAGAUUUCUGGGAUGCUAAAGUUAUUUCAUCUCAAUAAAUUGUUGCUUUAUGUCAUAGGUUUCUAAUGUUAAAUGCCCUGAUAUAGUUUCCAAAAUCGGUUCGUACUAAACCAUUUUGGAAGAGCUUCUCUUUAUUUGAGGACGGGUUGAUGUCAAACCAGGCUGAGCUUGGAUUUUGCCGUUUUAAGUUGCAAUUUCUGUUUAAUUUCAGUUGAUUUGGGAAACUCUAGUAUAUUUCAGAAUUUUUGGGGUUC